AUGCACCCCCGACAUAUUCUGCUUUGCUUGUUUUUGGCGCACGCGUUCGCAGAUUUGCCCAUAUGUAAGGAGUCAGAUUAUCACUUUGAGUACACCGAGUGUGACGUUCUGGGGUCUCGCUGGAGGGUGGCGAUUCCCAACAAGGCCCAAACUUGCACUGACCUCCCGGAUCCAGUUAGAGGAACUCAGUGCACUUUUUCCUGCAAUGAAGGUGAGUUCCUGGACAUGCAAACUCAGCUGUGCCAGAAGUGCGCAGCUGGGACUCACUCUCUUGGUUCUGGUGUGGCCUUUGAUGAGUGGGACCACCUGCCAACUGGUUUCGCCACGUUUGGAACCAACACAAAUGGAUGGGACGUCCACACGGACUGCUCCAACUCCACUUGGACACCGAUGGGCGAUUACAUUGCCUCGAACACAGACGAGUGCACAGCCACGCUCUCGUAUUCUGUGGAGUUGAAGAAACCAGGAAGCGUGUCUUUUGAUUAUUUAUAUUCCGAUAGCAGCAUCUACUUUGAAUUCUAUGUCCAAAAUGACCUAUGUCAGUCCACUGACACCACUAGCCGUUGGAUGAAGAUCUCUGAGAGCGACUGGAGCCAGCAUGAGGUCCAGCUGAACAAAGGAAACAAUGUUCUGUUCUGGAGAACAACCGCCUACUCGCUGCAUGGCCGGAUUGACAAUGCUGUGUUGCUGCGAAACAUCGCCAUCUCAGGCGUUGCCUACACAUCCGAGUGUUUUCGCUGCAAGCCUGGAACUUACAGCUCUAAGCCAGGGGCUGCCCGCUGUGCCCCCUGCCCCGCUGAUACCUACUCGAACAAAGGGGCCACCGUUUGCCACCAGUGUGAGCCUGAUAAGUAUGCAGAGGUUUCAUCAGGAAGCUGCAAAUUGAGACCAGCAUGCACAAACUCAGACUACUUCUACACGCACACGCCCUGUGACGCUAAUGGAAAGACGCAGCUGAUGUACAAAUGGAUUGAGCCAAAAAUCUGCAGCGAGACCGCAGAGGGGUCAGUGAAGUUGCCUGCGUCAGGAGAAAAGCAAACGUGUCCGCCCUGCAAUCCAGGAUUUUAUAUGAGCAACACUUCUGGGACCUGCCAAGCCUGUGCUGACAAUUUUUACUCAAAUGGAACAGCGUGUGAAAAGUGUCCUGUAGGCACAGAAGCAGUGGUUGGUUUGGAGUACAAAUGGUGGAACACAAUGCCAAGCAACAUGAUAACAUCUGUCAUAAGGGCAGAUUUGGAUGACUCCGUGCGCCACACUGCAUGGGAGGUGGCUGGAGAGUAUGUGUACACUACCCCCGGUGAUCGAGACACUGACUACCUCAUGCUCAGAUUAACCGUCCCAGGAUACAGGCUGCUGAAGUCUCUGGCAAAAGACGGCCAGCAGAGUGAACUGUCCCGCAUCAGCUUCGUCUUUGAAACAUCAUGUUCAGCAGACUGCACCUUACUUUUCAUGGUGGGUUUCCAUCGGUGGAACCACAAAGUGGUGGAAUUGUGGAAGGGUACCAACAGGAAACAGUCGUACUCAUACCUGAUUCACAGCAACACCACCGUCGGCUUCACCUGGACUUUCCAACGAACAGCUAAUUUCACAACGGAGAGGAGGUACAGCACUGAUGUGGCAAAGAUCUUCUCCAUCCACAUUACUAACGUGCUAGGAGGUGUGGCCUCACAUUGUCGCCAGUGUGCCCCCACGUCUCACCCUGGUGACGACUCGACCUGCGUACCUUGCCCGCCGGGCCAUCUCUUAGUCAGCGAAAAGGGUGCCGAGGGAACCACGGGAAAGUGCCAACGAUGCCCGCCAAACUCAAUUGUUGCAGCAGAGUGGCCUACAGGAGAGCCGACAUGUGUAGCGUGUGGCCCUAACACAAACAACAACCAGGCCUACACAGAAUGUUUCAAUGAUUGUACGGCCAAAGUGCAGACAAUGAGUGGCACGCUGCUGCACUACGACUUUUCUCUGCUGUCUAAUGUCACCUCCUUCCAAAGCGGCCCACGCUUCACCAGCAAAGGCCUGCGUUACUUCCAUCACUUCAGUGUGGCUCUUUGCGGCAAAGAGGGGCAAGCGCUGGCGACCUGCUUGGACAAUGUGACGGAGCACGGCCAAAUUGUCCGUGGACGCGUGUGCCAGUCCCUCGUGGUUCCCUCGGAUAUUAGGAGUCAAAACAUGGUAGCGUCACAGCCAUUCAUCAUUGGUGACUCCCUCAUUGGUGUAAGUACUGAUACAGUUCUGGCUAAUAUCUCCUCGCCACCGUGGCUCUUCCCCUCAAUGUCUGACCUACCAGAUGUCAUAUUCUAUUAUAAAUCCACUGAGACAACACAGGCCUGUAAAGGAGGCCGCUCGGCCACCAUCAGGCUGAGAUGCGAUCCAACAAUGAGCGCCACAGACCACAUUUCUCUGCCCAGUAACUGUUCCGAAGGGACUUGUGAUGGCUGCACUUUCCACUUCCUUUGGCAGAGUCAACAUGCAUGUCCACUCUGCACCAAACACAAUUACAGGGUGAUUGUUAGCGCUUGUGAACAAGGAAUACAGAGGACAACAUAUGUCUGGAAGCAACCAUUGCAGUGUUACGGUGGAGAGGCUCUCCCAGCCCAGAAAGUUAAUGCUUGCGUGACUCUGGAUUUCUGGCUCAAAAUCGGAGUUUCCACGGGAACGGUUGCUGCCGUACUACUCGUUACCCUAAUCUGUUACUUCUGGAAGAAGACGCGCAAAUUGGAGUACAAGUACUCCAAGCUGAUGAUGAGCUCUGGCGGCAAAGAAUGCGAGCUGCCCACCGCAGACAGCUGCGCAAUCAUGGAAGGAGAGGAUGCCGAGGACGAAUUACUACAUAUCACCCACAAGAAUUUCUUCACCAAAAUGAAAGCGUACCCGCACGAGAGGACAUCUGAUGGAUUUGAUUCAGUGCCUCUGAAGUCAUCCUCUUCUCACCUGCAAAGAGAGCAGGAAGAUUCUGAUGAUGCGUGA